UGUGAAGAUGUAGGAGGACAACUAUUCCAGAAGAACCAUCCACAGAGGGCUAGCCCAUUGCAUCCCAUCUCCCUCAGCUGUCUGAGAUGGAACUGCUCCAGCCUGACCGGGAAGGAAGCCCUGACCCACUUCCCGUCACUGGGGCCCUCCCCGGGCUCUGCCCAGGGCAGGGUGCACGUCAAGCAGUGUGACCUGCUCCAGCUGUCCCGCAAGCAGAAGCGGCUGUGCCGGCGGGAGCCGGGCCUGGCCGAGACCCUGCGGGAUUCCAUCCGCCUCGGGAUCAUGGAGUGCCAGUUCCAGUUCCGCAGCGAGCGCUGGAACUGCAGCCUGGAGGGGAGGACCAGCCUGCUCAAGAGAGGUUUCAAGGAGACGGCCUUCCUGUACGCCGUGUCCUCAGCGGCCCUGACGCACUCGCUGGCGCGGGCCUGCAGCGCCGGGCGCAUGGAGCGCUGCACGUGCGACGACUCCCCGGGGCUGGAGAACCGCAAGGCCUGGCAGUGGGGGGUCUGCGGGGACAACCUCAAGUACAGCACCAAGUUCCUCAAGAAGUUCCUGGGGCAGAAGAGGAUUGGCAAAGACCUGCGGGCCAAGGUGGACAUCCACAACACCAACGUGGGCAUCAAGGCAGUGAAGAACGGCCUGAAAACCACGUGCAAGUGCCACGGCGUGUCGGGCUCCUGCGCCGUGCGGACGUGCUGGAAGCAGCUCUCGCCCUUCCACGAGAUCGGGCGGCUGCUGAAGCUUCGCUACGACGACGCCGUCAAGGUGUUCAGCACCACCAACGAUGCCGUGGGGCACUCGGAGCUGGCCGGGCCCCCCCGGCACGGGCAGUCCCCUCGGCUGCCCCCGGCCCCCCGCGCCACCGACCUCGUGUACGUGGAGGACUCGCCCAGUUUCUGCCGCCCCAGCAAAUACUCGCUGGGCACCGCGGGGAGGACCUGCUCCAGGGAGGGCAACUGCGACAGCAUGUGCUGCGGGAGAGGCUACAACACCCAGAGCAGGCUGGUCACCUUCUCCUGCCACUGCCAGGUGCAGUGGUGCUGCUACGUGGAGUGCCAGCAGUGCAUGCAGGAGGAGGUGGUGUACAGCUGCAAACAGUAGGGGCAGGACGAGGCCGGGGGAGCUGUCAGGAGACAGAGACACCAUUCUCUGCUGCGGGGUGAGGGCAAAGGCCAGCACCAGAAACGUGCAGUGCUCCUAUGUCCUCAGCGUUGGCAUCCUGCAGCCCAGGGAGAGCCCCUGCAGGAGCGGGGGAAACCAGAGGUUUUGUCAGGUGUCACAUCAGGAAGGAGGAAUGGAGGGGGGGGGGAAUGUGGGACAGCAGAAACACUGAAACAGUGACAUAUAUCUCUCUUGAGUUAAAAUUUUUACUCUUCAGGAAUAUCCUCCUCCUCCAUCCCUCAGGUGCACUUAUUUUGGGGUGGUGACGUUGAGAUACUGAGGGUUUGUGCCCUGGUUCCUGGAGAGGAGAGAAUUAAGGGACUGAGGAGGCAGU